AACACGAUGUCCGCUCGGCUGAUCCCGCAUUCUGCUGACUGACCUGACUCGCAGACUCUUGACUCAUGGCGACGGAAUCUCUUUAGUCGAAGCACACGACUUCCGUAGUCUCGACCGCCAAAUUAUGGCACUCACUUCCGCUCGUAGCUCGCUUGCCAGUGCCUUACCGAAGCCGAAAUACAUUGGCGAGGAUGAGGAGCUGCCGACACACACCCAGCAAAGAGGCCCGAGGGUGGUGGGUGCCCGCGAUCUCGAGUUGUCACAAUUAGUGAUUAAGCGAUCUGGUCCUCCGCCGUACGGCCAGCGAUCAGGAUGGCGACCACGGAACCUCGAAGACUUUGGCGAUGGCGGAGCUUUCCCCGAAAUACCGGUCGCGCAGUAUCCGCUAGAUAUGGGCCGGAAGGGCACGCCUUCCACUUCGAACGCCCUAGCCAUUCAAGUGGACGGUGAGGGCAAGGUGAAAUAUGAUGCGAUCGCUAGGCGAGGGCAUAGCGACAAGCGAGUCGUGCAGGCCAGCUUCAAGGAUCUGAUACCACUCCGGCAGAGAGCGGAUGCCGGAGACAUUAGCCUGGCGAAGCCGAGCGAGGAGGAGGUCCAGGCGAGCAUGGAGCGGACGCAGAUGGCGCUGCAAAGUUUGGUCGAUGGCACGCUUGCAGCUCAGAAGCCGAAAAAUAUUAAGGGUACCACGAGGCCUGAGCCUACGUUUGUGCGCUACACGCCGGCGAACCAAAUGGGCGACAAUACAAAGAAGCAAGAUCGGAUUAUGAAGAUUGUACAUAGACAGCAAGACCCAAUGGAGCCUCCGAAGCACAAGAUCAAGAAGAUCCCAAGAGGGCCGCCGAGUCCGCCGCCGCCUGUCAUGCAUUCCCCACCACGCAAAUUAACCGCCGAGGACCAAGAAGCAUGGAGGAUCCCGCCGCCGGUGUCGAACUGGAAGAAUCCGAAGGGGUACACUGUACCUCUGGACAAGCGAUUAGCGGCAGAUGGGCGAGGCUUACAGGACGUAACGAUCAAUGACAAGUUCGCACAGUUAUCGGAAGCGCUACACAUGGCGGAAAGGCAUUCUCGCGAGGAAGUGGCGCAGAGACAACGUAUGCAGCAGCGCUUGGCAGAGAAGGAGAAAGAAGCGAAAGAAGAGAACCUCCGCCGGCUUGCGCAAAAAGCUCGCGAAGAGCGCGAAGCAGCUAUUUCCGGCAGACGUCCAUCAAUUGCAAACGCUCGCUCAAGAAGUCGAUCUGCAAACAGUCGAAGCACUUACUCAUCCGACUCCGACCGGUCACGAAGCUACAGCCGCUCACCGUCACGAGACGACGGUGACCGUGACCGUGUUGAGCGGGAGCGUGUCCGCGCGGAACGAAGACGUGAAGCCCAGCGUGAGAUGCGACAGAAGAACAUGGGCCAUGAGCGACGCCUGCAGAUGAUGGCUCGUGAGCAAAACCGUGACAUCUCCGAAAAGGUGGCGCUCGGCCUGGCCAAGCCCACUCAAAGCAAAGAGACAAUGUACGACAGCCGUCUCUUCAAUCAGUCUUCCGGCUUCGCAGCUGGCUUCAACGAGGAUCAGGCUUACGACAAACCUCUCUUUGCCGAGCGGGAUGCGCUCAACAGUAUCUAUCGACCUACGGUGGGCGACGAUGAUGAAGGUGAGGACGGCGGCGAGACGAUGGAGAAGAUCCAGAGCACGAAGCGGUUUGAGGCGCUGGGCCGGGCGCCGAAGGAAGGAUUCCGAGGGACUGAUACGGUGGAGGCGAGGAGUGGGCCGGUGCAAUUUGAGCGUGAUCGAGGAGAUGAUCCGUUUGGGGUGGAGGCGAUGAUUAAGGAGGUCAAGGAAGGGGCUGGAAAGAGGAAGGCGGAGGAGGGUAGUGAGGGUGGCGGGAAGAGGGCGAGAGUGGAGGAUGAUUGAGCCGGUAUUGACUUUUGCUGCGUUUGUGUGUGGCGAAUGUGAAGAUCGAAGUUUGCGUCGAGAAGCAUACAUUCACUGACAAACCCUUAUGCUUAACCUCACGUCACGCGUAGGCUCAGCGAGGAUCAGUAUCCUUUCUCAUUCUUCCACGUCUUUUUG